CGUUAGAUGAAUGAAUGAAUUGACGUGACCAAAGAAAUGAUGACCAUGCAAAAUCCAACGUAUCCUUUUCCGGGCCCACUAUCCCCCACCACCGCCGCCACCACCACUUGCUCCUACCCCACCGUAGCUUUCACAACGCCACCAAACUACGCGGCGCGUCUGUGUCACUUGCUCACCAUCAAGGGCUUCAAUCCCCUGUGGUGCCCCACACUAGUCACCCACCCAACCCCACACUCCCUCAAACCCUACCUCUCUCCCCCUCCAACUCUCGAAUCCUUCUCCGCCAUCGCCUUCACCUCACGCGCCGCCAUCACAUCCCUCUCAACCGCCAUAGCCGACUUCACCGAACCCCUCUUAUCCCCACACGGCCACACCUUCAUCCUCGCCGCUCUCGGCAAAGACUCGGAACUCAUCGUCAACGACGAUUCCUUCAUCGCCAAGUUUUGCCAAAACCCUAACCGAAUCAGAGUCUUAGUCCCUCCAAUCGCGACCCCGAGCGGUUUAGUCCACGCGCUAGGGCUAGGGCUCGGACGGAGACUCAUGUGUCUGGUACCAACCGUGGUGGGGCUCGACGAGCCGGCGGUGGUGCCGAAUUUUGUGAAGGAGCUGGAGGAGAAGGGGUGGGAUCCGGUGAGGGUGAGCGCGUACGAGACACGGUGGAAGGGGCGCGAGUGUGGGAAGGAACUGGUGGAGAAGUGCGAGAGAGGGGAAUUGGGUGCGGUGGUGUUCACGAGCACUGCUGAGGUGGAUGGGCUGUUGAAGAGUUUGAGGGAAAUGGUUGGUUGGGAUUGGAAGAUGGUGAGGAAAACGUGUCCUGAUUUGGUUGUGGCGGCCCAUGGGCCUGUCACUGCUGCUGGGGCCGAGAGUUUGGGUGUCAAAGUUGAUUUGUGCAGGUGGAGGAUGCCACUUCCGAAGAGCUUCUGAGGCUUCGGAUGGCAACCAUGCUUUCCAACAAUCUUGGAAGCUCCGUUUGCUUUGAUAGAUCGGGCCAGCUCUAAACCCUUCAAAAACCAUCUUGUUUCUGUUCAUCCAGAGGAGAUCACAUAGUAGUACACUGAAUCAAAGUAAACUGACCUGCCUCCCAUACCUCUAACUUGAAGAAUUCAGCUGGGCAUCUUAACCCAAUGAUCAAUGAUUUAAUGGAUGAAACAAGGAGAUUCUCCAGUUCAAUUGGCAAUAACAAGUUUGCCCAGACAUAGAUGGUAAAAGGGCAUUUGAUAAAGAUAUGCAGUGCAGUUUCAUAAGGACAUCCACAAAAAGUGCACACAUCUGUUGAGGAUAUUCUAACUAGUUUGUAGCACAUCUUUGGUAGGUAAGAUAUCUCACUCCAUUUUCCACAGUAAUAACUUCAAUCUUUCAUGUAUUAUGAGUUUCCACAAUGGCACCUAGUUUCUGUUCUGUUUAUAAUGUUAAAAACAACUUUGAUCAUCUUAAAUUAUUUUAAUUAGAUUAUUUUAGCUAAAAUGAUUAUUACAGCACAACUGCAUCUAGAAAAAAAAAGUGUUAACUUUAAAAAUUUGUACCUAAAAAUAAGCUUUUCACUGUAAUGCUAUAGUACUAGAGUUUUUCUGUUGAUCCCUUUUCUGAUAUUGCUGUUUUCUUUUAAAUUUUAAUAGACUUUUUGUAAUUUACUGAAGUCUAAAACCCUAUCAAGUACCCCUAUAACCCUACGAACUUUUCAUAAAUACUCUAAUUUGCUUGUUUGUCCUGGGAAUACUGAAGUUUCAUCUUUUCUUUCGAAAUGGACCUGUAAC